GCGACCACGAAGGGGUCCAAGUCCCAUUCUGGGCCAGUAAGCAUAGGAUAUUAUGAAAUUGAAAGAACUAUAGGAAAAGGAAAUUUCGCUGUUGUAAAGUUAGCAUCACAUAUGAUUACCAAAACAAAGGUCGCCAUAAAAAUAAUAGAUAAAACACAGUUAGGAGAGGAUAACUUAAAGAAGAUAUUUAGGGAAAUACAAAUCAUGAAACUGUUACGACAUCCUCAUAUUAUAAGACUUUAUCAGGUCAUGGAAACGGAACGAAUGAUAUAUCUUGUGACGGAAUACGCAAGCGGGGGAGAAAUAUUUGAUCAUUUAGUGGCCCACGGUCGAAUGAAUGAAAAAGAAGCCCGAAAAAGAUUCAAGGAGAUUGUGACGGCCGUCUCUUAUUGUCACAGCCGCCAUGUUGUCCAUCGUGACCUCAAAGCCGAAAAUUUACUUUUAGAUGCAAAUUUACAUAUAAAAAUAGCAGAUUUUGGUUUUAGUAAUUUUUUCACGCCGGGAUCUCCGUUGACAACGUGGUGUGGUAGCCCGCCAUAUGCCGCACCUGAGUUGUUCGAGGGAAAAGAAUAUGAUGCACCAAAGGUGGAUAUUUGGAGUCUGGGUGUGGUGUUAUAUGUUCUGGUCUGCGGUGCGUUACCCUUCGACGGCAGCACGUUACAAAGUCUCCGCUCGAGGGUCCUGUCGGGACGAUUUAGAGUACCUUUCUUUAUGUCAACUGAAUGUGAACAUUUAAUCCGCCAUAUGCUUGUGAUCGACCCAAACAAACGCCUCGGAAUGCAUGAGAUUAUAAAACACAAAUGGAUACAAAUGGGUGAAGAGGAUACGAACUUUCAAAAAUUGAUUAACGAGUUUAAUACGGACAUUGAAGUGGAGGCGGACCCUCUGAACGAUACUGUUCUCUCACACAUGGAGGGAUUACGAAUAGACCGGCAGAAGACAUUGACGUCUGUCCAUGACAAAGCAUACGAUCACCACAGCGCCAUCUAUCAUUUAUUGUUGGACAAGUUAAAGAAACACCAGAAGUCGCUGCCUGCCCGUUUGAAUAGUUCAGGUCUUCCUCCGAACGUUGCCAUGGUUACCCGGACAGAACGACGGUCCAGCAUCACAACAGGCGUUGUUGAGCGAGUUGAAGUGCCAAUGGAUUCGUGUCACCAAGGCCUGCUCAAUCCCGCGCUCGGCACCAUUCCACAUGUGCAGUUCUUCAACGAGAAAAAUCAGAAGGUCGGUCAGGGUGAGGAACAGUCAGACUCGGAUGAAGAACCGUUGCCUGAAGCCAUGGCCCGCAUUAACGCCAUGCGACGCAACACCUUCAGCAUUGGUGAUCCCAGAUAUGAGCCGACGGACGACCCCUCAGGUCACGGCACGCACCACCAGGUGAUGGUUACUCUUCCGCAGACGUCAGUAUUGAAUCCUAUUCACAUCUUGCCGCAUACAAACUUGCCCCACAACCUGCCACUGGUACAGAACGAGCCACUGCAGAACUUCUCCAUCAAGGAUCACCACCUUCUCAAGCCUCCACAGGUCCUUGGGACGGGUCAGUACAGCAGUGAUCCCAAUCAGUUUGGUCGACGAGCGUCGGACGGCGGUGCCAAUAUUCAUCUCUAUUCCCAGAGUAGUGCUAGCAAAGAUCUACAUACCUCGCCACGGAGUUCAGAGGCUAUAAAUGUUCAGCAUUCUGCGACCGAGGCGAUGCGCCGAUCAUCUGCUGGUGCGGCCGGUGCUACCGCUGGUACCAAGUUGGACGACAGGGAUCAGGAACCGGACUCUGAGGAGGUGGCCAGAUAUUUCCAAACGAGAGGUCGAGCCAAGCGGCACACACUAGCGAUGUCGAGUCCUAGUCACGAGGUUCCGUUUGAACUGCAGCAGAAACUUGCGCAACAGCAGCCGAUAAAUCCUGAGCGGACGAGAAAAACGAGCUUCUUCUUUCCUUCUGAACGUUCCCCAAGUCGAGAAUCGUACAAAGACACAAGUUCGCUGCAUCUUCCGAACGAGCGUUAUUCACCGGUGCGGAGGGCAAGUGAUGGUGCCACCAACUUGUUGAAGUACCAGCAGUUACAGCUGGAUAAGCUUUACAAUCAGGGCAUGGGGAGUCAGCCACUCGGUCACGGUCUUCAGAGCAGCCUCAAGGAAAUACAGGCCGAGUACCAGCGCUUACAGAAACAAGUCAAGGCGACGGACGCAGAACGCCUCGCAGAACUCCAGGAGCUACACCGCCUGGACUGCCUCCGACAACAACAACAACAACAACAACAACAACAACAACAACAACAACAACAGCAACAACAACAGCAACAACAAGAGGCGUCGCUCCACGUUCAGCAGUCAGCAUCGCAGCCAACCACGCCAAAACAACAACAGAAAAAUCUUGCGAGUCCGCAUAUUUCAUCUCCCAUUCCGUCACCAUCUGGACCAUUGUCUCCGAACUCACAAUCAUCAUCAUCAUCAGAUAUUCAGACGGCGAAUCUCUACCAUCAGUUGCAGCGGUUGAACCUACAGUAUCGUUCCUGUAGCCCGCCCACACAUAGUCUACGGAGCCCGUUGGCAUCGGCCGGACCGGCGUCGCCCAGUUACUCGCCAUUAGUUGCGCAUAGAAAGACAGUCGAGUCGCCUUCGCCUGGGUUUCCGAUUUACCCGGUGGUGCCACCUAUGCCUAGGGGUGCGUCUCCGCCGUUGGCGAAUUUACAAAUGAUCGAGGAAGAUCUUAGCGAUAGCUGUGACCUGUCGCAGACAUUGACCGAGGAUGAGGAGGAAAUUGCAGCAGUGCAGCGCGCCAAUCAGGAAUGCCAGCGCCGAUAUUCACAGGUGGCGCCGCAGAUUAAUAUCGUGGAUACACACGGGCAGAUGAUGACGGUUCCCACGGCGGCCGUCGAGGGUUUGGACAAUAAUAGUGAGAAUACCGUUGACAAUAAUAUGGUCCAUUUUAUCAACAAUGGCCAAUACUUUACGUCGGCCGUUCCGGUGAGUCAGAGGUACCCAGUGCCUUUACGGAACUUGGAAAUUGAAACGGGCAACGAGCCGGUACAGCAGGAGGAGGAGGUUGUCGAGUCAUCGUCAAACCCACCAACGCCCACCUUGAAUACGGCGUUACCGAUGAUGGGGUUGUUUCAUACCGGUUUGGGCAUGACGCCCCCUAUGGGCUCCCCGACGAACCGGCAUCGCUUCCAUAACAUGUUCUCAAACAAUGUAGACAAUAUUGCUCAGCCUAAUAGCGACAUUCCCAGUCCUGUACAGACGAUAAACUUGAGUUCCUUUUUCAUGCCCGGGCACGUGCCUGCGUUGCAAUCCACGUCAAAUCCAGACGUCAAUACAAUAAACAAACAAAACGGUGAUAUGAAUCUCUCGCAGCAGUUUAUGAAACUGCGCUCGCCGGGUGAGGUACAGUCGCCGACGCUGGAGGGCAUCAAUGUCAUGAACUGGAAAAAUAGUCUAGGGGACAUGCCCCAGGGGUUGAAAUUUGCGCUCUCUGUAAAUCUAACAUCAACGAAACAAAUCCGGGAUAUUUUGACGGAAAUAAAACGAGCGCUGGAUGAGAAACGAAAAGACGUUGCCUACCGCCAUAAUGAUAACAUGUUUCACUUAGACUGCUCCGAUGUUCAAAUGACGAUGGAAGUGUGCGAGGGGACAUCGGUCAACGGAUUACGAUUUCAGAAAAUUGCCGGCGAUACGUGGCAGUAUAAACGACUAUGUAACGAGUUGAUAUCGUGUAUGAAUUUAUGAUGUUUUGAAAAGUGAUGUGCGUGGGCAGACGGCCGUCGGCGUUGUUGUCGUUGUGAUACAUGCAUCUGAUGUUCGACCUUUGACCUUGUAAAAUUGUGUAAAUAUUUGUUGAGUGGGCUUGUUCGCUCGCGGCCUCUGGAAAUUUCAUGAGAUGUGCUCCUGUUUCUGAAGAAAAACAUUAUUCACAACGAUCGUACGUUGUAAUUGUUCCAUCGUCAUGUUGUUGAGUGCAAGGAUUUGUGUUCAUGACCUUGACCUCUUCCGUGGUGGUUCGAAAGCAGACGUGAUGUUGUGCUGCGGCUGGUUACCUGUCAUUUUCGUUACUAUUAGGGUAACCUAGCAACCGUUACCAUGGUGAUCAUGGUUACCUAGUAAUACAGUGUUGAUGUCUGGUUACCGAGGAACUAGCCCUUAGCGACCGAACCAUCCUUGUGAUAAGGGAGUCAGACUCGGUCGCUAGGCAACUAGUUCCGGUCACUACAGCAACGGUGGUGUGUUGUGUUGAUAUGGAGAUGUUUACAAAUUAUUAAAGAAAGUUAAACACAUAUUUCUUCAACAAUUUGGAAGGGGUUCAAGAUUUGACUCCCUAAUCUUUCUAAUCUAAUUAUUCUAGAGAGCUUCAUAUACAAAACUUAGAGAGAAGGGAUUCUAAUUCAUAUUGUGCAUGUCGAUUUCAUAUCAAUAGUCUGCUGGAGUGAGUUUUAAAAUAUUCAUUGGAAGAUACCACUCUUGAAUGAAGAAUAGCUUCGGUUUCCCCUUGUUUUGAAAAUGGGAUGACCCAUCUUCUGCAUUUAUAGUGCAUUUGGUCCAGUGUUAGUUAUUCCAGAGGGAUACAGGUAGCAAAGGUAUUCAAAGGAUGGCCUUUAUUGUUCAUGUGUAUUUUCCAGUAAGAAAUGUACACUUGUUCCAGCAGACUAAGCGUGGAAUAUAAUAUUGAGAUUUCAAAUUUGCAGGUGUUUCAUUCAUGUGCAUUUCUUCUGUAAACCACAAAAUUUUCGUGGGCUCUGUAAAAUCAGAAAUAUUUUUUACAAUCUCACGAAAAUACUUUUCGCGACUCGCAAUAAAGGGAUGGAAAUUUUCGGGCUUACAGUAUCCACUUUAUGAUGAUUGUCUGAGGUUUGAAAUUAUUCUUGCACUUGUGACUAAAGUGCCCCACGAACGAGCGAUUUUGUUGCUACAACCUGGGACAAUUAUCACUGAAAUGAACAAGUAAAACUGUUAAUCGCUGGGUUUGAUAUUGAUCAAAGGUCACGGCGAUCACUGAUUCUUGCGAUGUCUACUGCAAACGACAUAUUUGUCAGAUGUGAUUAUCAUCACAAGUCGCAGGGACAAAAAUCGCUUCUGUACGGGAGGCUUAAGGGUUUAAACUUCAGGGACUAUUGUGUCAGCUCGGAAUUUUUACCCCACACCAAGAAUGUGAGAAAUUUUCAAAAUUUGGUUUCUGCCUGGUUUUCUGAAUUGGCCGCCAUGCCCUUCCUCAUUGUUGAAGAAUUGUGAUGCCCCAAUGUGCCAUUACCAUGUAUAAAGUAAUUAGUGACUUGAUUAAGAUGAUCCCUUGUAAUUAAAUUCAGAUGUAUAAAUAUGGUUAAGAAAAUAUGUAUAAGUUAUUUUUGUACAGAGAGAAAUACAUGUACAAUGUGAAGAAUAUGAAACUAUAAUCUGUGGUGGAAAAAAAGUUCAGAUUUCGUGCAAAAGAUUUUUUCUUCUGCUCAUGAAAUUUCCUCGAAUCUAAUUGUGUUUGUCGGAUUUAGGUAUGAAAUGGUUGUUCCUACUUCAUUGGAAAAAUCCAUAUCAUCGAAUACUUGUAAGUUUUUGUAAUGUCAGGGAAAAAGCAGGCGGACACAAGGCCUUCCCUCACGAUAGAAGCGGAGGAAAAUGAGAAAACUUUUUGCAGGAAAUGUUUGCAAUUUGUCUACUGUCAGGCGGUGAUUGAGACGGGCACUAUCGUAAAAACUGCAGCAUUUUACUGUGACACGUGUUGUUUGCAUAUGGUGCGUGUUUCUUCAUAUAUAUUGGCCACCAGGGGUAAGAAUUUGUCGAAUUUGAUUUAUUGGACGGUUCCUAAAAAUUUGUUAUAUGGUAAAAUAAGGUAAUUGUACCCCCCCCCCCCCCCGGUUUAUUUGUAGCCCCUGCAUUGUUUGAUGCACUGGGAUAUCAAUCAAUAUCAUAGGAAGGGGCUACAAUUAAACCGGGGCUACACUUACCCCAUUCUACUUUACUUCACAAUAAUGGUCAUUCAUUCGGCUUGAACAGUAAUGCCAUCUCCAUUUGAUAAACAUCUGUGAAUGAAAUAUCUGUCUACUGUUUAUCCCAGACAUGUUCGAGUGCCUUUUAUUUUUGCGUUUUUCACGUUGACAGAUUAUUGCAAAAAAGAAAAUCUGAUUGAAAUAACUGUUAUACAGGGUUGUCCGAAAAGGAAUUUAAAAGGACUUUCUCGAAACCACAUGAUGAAAUGGCAGAAAUUCACUUUAACACCUUCAGCUCCACGAGCAUAUAGCAUACAGCAUGGCAGCUCCUCACCACCACAGCGUCAAAUUGUAUUAUCAUAAUGUCACUGUUAUAAAACACUUCUUCAUUGCUAAUUCACCAGCACAACAAUAGUAAGUUGACUUGAGCGAUUUAAAAUGCGACAUCUUUUUUUUAUUAGAAAAUUCUUUUUGUCUGACCGGAUGUGAUUUCAGAAUCAUUUGUUUGUGGUUUUUCUGAAAGUGUAUCAUCAAGCAGUCUGUUGAUACACCCUUGUUUCCAUAAGCAAUGCGUCUUUUUAGCAGGGGAGGCAAUUGGAGAUAUUUCCUGAAGUCAUUUCUUUAUUGCCAUAUCCCAGUCCUGAUGUGGUAAUUUUGUUCCUGAUUUGUUUGACCAGAGGUGCUGUGUGCAUU